AUGACGAGUGAAUUUCAAAAUCACGUUGAAAGCUUCGUGACAUCAUUAACAGCAAAUGCACCGCAGAUACAUUAUCAGGCAUUUGACUUUUCCAAUGUGAGCGAUAGUCGAUCGAUGUUAACGAAUUUGAAUUAUGAUAAGAACAAAGUUUCGUGCCUAAAUCUGGAAAUGAUAGCAGAUAUGUUUCAAGUAUUCGCAGCCGUUCAUAGUGCUGUCGAAUCGAAGUCAUCGAGAGAUUUCGGUAUAGAAGUACCUCAUCGAUUGUCUAAUACGAGAUCGAUUGGUGAUGCAUUACGAGCCUUUGGUGGUUAUGGUAAACCAUAUGUGUUGGUUGUGUCCAUACAGGAUCGUGUGCAAAGUGAAGAAUUGUUUGAUAAGAUUAGUCUAAUCGAGGGUGUGGGGAAAAUGACAAAAGAACAAAUAGAAGAGCAUAUGAAAAAGAAUUUGGAUAAUAUUCGAAAAUAUUAUUUCGGAACUAUAAGUGACGAAGAAUAUCGUGCUCAUCGAAAUCCGGUCGGUGAAAUUGUCACUAAAAUGGUUGCUUCGAAAAAUCUCUGA